GUAUAGAUGAAUAUCGGCCCCAGGACCGAGACAAAACCACCGUUUCAUUCAAAAGUCAAAACCACCGAUUCAGUCAAAACCCUCAGUGGGAGCGACUGCCUCUUCUUCACCACCACCUCCUCAUGAUUUCUCCGGCCAUCCUCCACCUUGCCGGAAAAUCCCUCAAAAAGACCAAACUACCCUCCAUUCUCCUCCUAUUUUCCAUCCUACCCUCUUCACCAUUCUCCACCUCCUGCAAAACCCACCAUUAUCUACAUCAAACACCCCCUCCUCCUGUCCCUAAAAAGGUACCCUUUAAAGCCUCAGCUCAUGGGGUGACGUGGCAAGAUCCCUACCAUUGGAUGAAACACACUGAUGACCCUGACUUGAUCAACUAUCUUGACCAAGAAAACUCAUAUGCUGAUGCUUUUAUGGAUGAUACAAAGAGUCUGCAGCAGACUUUUUAUUCUGAGAUGAUUGCAAGAUUACCCUCCAAGAUUUCCACUCCCCCGGAAAGAUGGGGACCUUGGUUUUACUUUCAAUAUAUUCCAGAGGGUAAGGAAUACCCAGUUCUUUGUAGGAAAUUAGCAGCCGAGAAGAAUGGUUGGAUUCAAACUAUAUAUAAUUAUGUUAUGGGAGAAUGGCGGAAGGUGCAAAUAUUAUUAGAUUGGAACGAAAUUGCAGAACAGUAUGGGUAUGUUCAUGUGGGUACAUGUAGAGUGUCACCGGAUCAUAAUUAUCUUGCCUUUACACUUGAUAUAACUGGUGCUGAAAGGUUCAUGCUGCAAGCUAAGAACCUAAGCAAUGGUGUUCUUGAGAACUUGAGAGUUGAUGAUGUAGUUAGCUUGGCAUGGGCUCCAGAUGGAUGCACCCUAUUCUAUACUGUAUCUGAUGAAAGCCAGCGGCCUCACAGGGUGCAAUACUGUAAAAUAGGGCAAGAUCCAAUCAAUAAUAUUGAAAUGUAUACGGAAAAGGAUUCCAGGUUCUGUGUGGACAUUACUAGUACCAAGGAUGGGAAGUUUAUAACUGUGAAUUCAAACUCAAGAACUUCAUCAGAGGUUUAUGUCGUAGAUGCAACUAACCCUCAAAGUGGCCUCCACCGAGUAAACAUUCGCAUCCCUGGUGUUCAGUACUUUUUGGAACAUCAUCAUGGAUUUUUCUAUGCUCUAACAAAUCAGCUUCCAUGUGGGAAUAAUUUAUUGUCUACUGGAAAUUAUUACUUGAUUAGAUGCCAAGUCCAGGACCUACAGACAGCUAAAUGGGAGACCAUCAUUUUACCAAGUGAAGAUAUCAGCAUACACGACAUGGACAUCUUUAAUGGACACCUGGUUCUUUUCCUUAACAAAAAUGGUUCUCCCGUUAUAUGUUCCAUCAAAUUACCAAUUGAUGAAAGCUUUAAGAAAGAAAUGAAGAUUGAUGAUCUUAACCCGUGGUAUUUCCCUCUGCCAUCAAACCUAUGUGAAAUUGUUCCUGGUUCAAAUCAUGACUUCAACAGCUCGCAGUACCGUGCCAUCGUCUCAUCUCCAGUGAUACCUGAUGUAAUUGUUGAUUACGACAUGUCGAGGUAUACUUUCUCCAUAGUGCAUCAAGAUGAGGUUCCUGGCAGUACUCCUAAUUUUAACAGUAACUCAUCCUCACUUACUUGCAAAAGAGAGAGUUUCGAUUUUCAGAACACCCAAAGUGAAAGGGGCGAAGAUGUUAUAAAUGAUGAAGGGCAGAAAUGGAGUAAUUUUUCUGAUGCCUAUUGUUGUGAACUAAAGGAAGUUGUUUCCCAUGAUGGUAUCAAAAUUCCUCUGACCAUCUUGUACUCUCGUAGAGCACAUCACAAGGGUCAGUCUCCUGGACUACUACAAGGCUAUGGAGCAUACGGGCAAGUGCUUGAUAAAAGCUGGAGCUCAGAUCGAUUAAGCUUACUUGAUCGUGGCUGGGUGGUUGCAUUUGCUGAUGUAAGAGGUGGUGCUGGUGCUGAUCCUUCAUGGCAUAAAUCUGGGAGUGGUUUGUUCAAAUCAAACUCUAUAGCUGAUUUUGUGGCAUGUGCCGAGUACCUAAUUAGUGAACAUUAUGUUCACAAGUAUCAUCUUGGGGCUUUUGGAGGUAGCGCUGGAGGUCUUCUUGUUGGUGCAGCUGCUAAUAGGUAUCCACAACUCUUUCGAGCUAUCAUUCUAAAGGUUCCGUUUCUUGAUAUAUGCAACACAUUAUUGGAUCCUAGUCUGCCCCUUACAAUGUUAGACUAUGAAGAAUUUGGAAACCCUCAGAUACAGUCCCAAUUCCAAUCAAUUUUAAGCUACUCACCCUAUGACAAUGUACCAUCUGGAGUUUGCUGUCCUGCGAUGCUUGUGACAGCAUCUUUUAAUGACUCAAGAGUUGGAGUCUGGGAACCUGCAAAAUGGGUGGCUAAAGUCAGAGAAAAUGCAUGUUCAGAUUGUUCUCAAGCAGUCAUUUUGAAGACAAAUAUGAAGGGUGGACAUUUUGGCGAAGGAGGGCUGUACAGUCAAUGCGAGGAAUCUGCAUAUGAAUACGCUUUUCUGGUGAAAACUAUGGGCCUCAUGGAGAAGGAUCGUAAAUAAAUAUUAUGCAUCGAUUUUUCACAGACCUUUAGACGUAAAUUAAGGUAAUUUCAACUCCUGUUGUCCUUGUACAGUUAUUUGCUACCUUUAAUCAGUAGCCAUAGAAGCUCAGAGAGAUAAAUUUGGUGCUCAUAUGCAAGAGGACAGCUAUGCCAGGUGAUUUCAUUACUGAAUGGUUCAAAUCCGCAAAACAUUCAAAGCUCUAAAUGCUAACAUCUAUAUUCUACUUGCCCUAUAUCGGUUUAUGAUAUCUCAUUAGCCCUAUUGCUCGGUUCGACACCAGAGGAAAUGUAUUGUGAUGUUUCACAGUUUUACUAUCAGCUCUUCACAAGAUGAUGUUUUCCACUUGUUCUUGUCCCACAUGAAAAGGGAAAGUAUGGGUAGAGAAGGCUGAAAGUACAGUAGAUUGUGAGGAUUUGUUUAUUUAGAAUCACAUUGAUCAUCUGUCAUUGCAUGUAAAAGUUUGAAGCUAAGCUGGGCAUGCAUGUGAAAAUCGAACAUUUCAUGAAGAAAGUGGAAGACAAUCAUAUUUCACAUGUUGUUUAGCUAGCUAAGGCUCUUGACCAAUAAAAAUGUUGUGAAAUGAGUAUUAGAAGAAUCUGGUUGCUAUAAGCCAAUGACACCACAGCAGCAAUGGCUUUGGUUUGGUUAUUUUAAUAAUUUGUUUCUUAA